ACAGCUGAAUGUUUUUAUUCACGUACUCUAGUUUGACACGUACACGAUUUUUGUGUUGUUUCGUGAUCCUAUGGCAGGCAAUGAUGGAACUCAUAUAACAGUUGCUACACGCUAUCGGAUCACAUUCUGGCUCACUGAACGUCAUCCACGAGGGAUACGGAUUGCCGAACUGCAGUACGUGUCGAACUAGGAUACUUGUCGAGUACGUGUACCCAUCAUUUAAGCCGCGACCUAGAGAGUAUAUAUUGUUAAUUUUAGACUAUUGUUCAGAUAAGCAGUGCUGGCAUGCCCUCAGCACUUGUUGUGCUGCACAUUACACUUGUGGUGCUGCACACUAUUCACUGUUCCUACAUUGUGCUUCUUGUUGUGUAAGUAAGACUGGUACCUUUGAUGAUGAGCCAUUCUCACAGAAUUCCUCUUUUUAGCAGAUGUGGUAGCCAUGGUAACAACCCCAACAAAUGUCCUGCUCUACACCUCGCACGCUCUCUCGCGCUGGGGAGACAGAAUGUGGAGUUUUGCUAUCGGAAUAUUCCUGAUCUACCUUCACCCACAAUCCUUUAUGCUCACUGCUGUCUACAGUCUAGUAGUAAAGAGUUUUGAGGCCUGCCUCGCAGGAUCAAUCGGCCGUAAGGUGGACAAUCUCCCCCGCCUCAACACCAUGAGAACAGCCCUGAUUAUUCAGAACAGUUCAGUUGCAGCUGCUGCUAUACUGAUAAUGGUUGCGUUCCAACUUCAGAUCACUUUCUACUGCAACGAGACUCUCUUCUUCGUGUUCAUGACUCUUGUAACCCUACUAGGCGUUGUCAGCACUCUCUCCAGCUCUGCUACUAAGAUGAUUAUUGAGCGGGAUUGGAUAGUCGUCCUCUCCAAACAUGACACUAACCUGCUCAGUGCUAUCAACGCCAUGAUGCGGAGGAUUGAUCAGGUGUGUUUGUUGUUGGCCCCCAUUGUAGCUGGAGCCUUCAUGACCGCACUCAACACCACGUGGGCGGCUGGUUUGAUAGCUGUCUGGAAUAUUGUGUCGUUCUUCUUCGAGUAUACGCUACUCCGUGCUGUGUACUCUAGAGUCCCGGACCUAGCUCACAAGGUGACUCCUAAAGCGGAGCGGGAGACUGCGCUCACAACCUCUCAGAAAAUCAAACACGCGAUAACAACCUACUUUGGAAAUGUCAAGAUAUUCUUCUCGCAGGAUGUCGCUAUCAUUGGAAUCUGCUUGUCUCUCGUCUAUCUAACUGUUCUUGGUUUCGGUUCCAUCACUGUUGGAUAUCUCCGUCUGAAUAACGUGAAGGAUUUGUAUAUUGCUAUCUCCAUGGCUGCUGGAGCGUGUUUUGGUUUGCUGGGUACCAUGUGCUAUACUCCCUUUACGAAGAAGUUUGGAGUUUCCGCAGCAGGAGGUCUAGGGGCCGUUACUCUGGCCAUCAGUUAUGGAGUUUGUUUAGCAAGUGUCGGCUUUCCCAAAGACCAUCUCGAUUCUAUACCAGUUCCUGAUAUUAUAGACGGGAGUUGUGGAGAUGAAACGAAGGAUCCGCUUGAAGUAUCAGGACCGAUAGUAUUCCCCACUAUCCUGGUCUUAGUAGGGAUCACCACCAUCAGGUUCGGGUUGUGGGUCUUCGACCUGGCUAUCUCCCAGUCCUUCCAACUAUCCGUUUCAGAGCACCAGCGAACCACUGUAGGUGGAGUUCAGACAUCUUUCAACAGUUUCUUUGACUUCACCUACAUCUUACUGACUGUAUUUCUCUCGGACCCCAAUCAGUUUGACAUUUUGAUCAUUAUAUCUUGUGUAGCGUGUAUUGGGAGUUGUAUACUUUACUUAGGCUGGCUCUUUAAAACUGGUGGUCUCAAAGACAAACAAAAGGACACUGACACACAGGAAAAUGCUGAGAAUAGUUUCAAUGAGAUUGACGUGGUAGAGAAUCCUGCAGCAGAUACUGAGGACAAUGUUAUAUUAGAAAACCCUCCAGAUUCAUUAGUGGAGCGAGCUGAAUCUGAAAUCAGUGUUGAAGAAGAAGAUACAGUUUCUAAUCAGAAACCAUCUGUUUAAGUAUAAAUGUUUGUUUUUAUUCAGAUGGAUGUUAUGAAGGUGCUCAUUUGCAAAUGAUGCUUCAAUAAACUUUUAAAAUUGGAUUGGAUAGAUAAGAUAAAGAGAGAGAUUAUAAACGUGGUAAAGUUUUGAACCAAUAAUUUUAGUUGAUCGCAUAAGAAAUAUUCUAAUGAUUUUAUACAGCACUUUUAUUUUCAUUGAUUACGAAUAUGAAUAAUCACAACAUGUAAU